CGUCACUAGCGAUGUCAAUGUCUGAUUUUGACGUUCUGCGGACUUUUCAGAAGUUUCGAAUUCAUUCUUUGUCACGUUCGAAGACAGCGCCUAUCAACGACAUGAGCGACACUUCAUUACACAGUGCCAUAUAUUAUAACACGAUCUAAGACAUUCUGUGGGAGGUUUGUCAUGUAUUUUCACUGAAGUUUCAAAGGUAAGAUGACGCAUACAUGCACUCAUUCGCCCCCACACUGUAUCACUUUAUCGACCCCGGCAACGACGUGGGACGCGUGGGCCAGUACACGCUUGCAUCCGACUGUUGCUGAUUCAAUCACUGAUCGAUCCCUCAAGAUCAUUUUCGGGGCUCUUGGCACACUUUAUUCUAUCUCCUUUAUUCAUGUUAUACCUGGCACCACUUUUGUGCUUUCUUGUGUUCUGGCUCUAUCCCCCCUUUGGUACCUCGUGAUUUGUUCUCGCAUUCUGCUAGGACUGUUCGUGCACCUUCUGCGCCGCUUUGUGCAUCUCGCCGUGCAACGUGUAUGUUCCGAUGCAUGUACUUUGGCACUCAUUCCUCCUUUCACGUUUCGACGUUGCUACAACACACGUAUUUUCGGCCCUUACGAUGCAUACACAUUGGUAUUCGUGAUGGAACCACGGCAUCCGUGCGCUGGGUCCAACGAGGGUCACUCUCAUUGUAGCGGUUAAACUUAGCUUGCCGUC